GGACUUCCGGCGGGAACACAGUUUCCGUUCGGGGGCGGGACUUCCCGUCGGGGCGGACGUACGUCCGGGCGUUCGGUGUGUGGUGCCCGCACGUGGCGCGCGCGUAGGGCGCGGCGGCCACUGAACGGUUCUGAGGCGGGCGUUAGCGCAGAGGCCGUUGGGCCGGCUGGCGGAACCGUCCCUGUGCUGCUCCCGCCAUGGACUACCGGCGGUUGCUGAUGAGUCGGGUGGUCCCCGGGCAGUUUGACGACGCGGACUCCUCGGACAGUGAAAACAUUGACUUGAAGACCCUCAAAGAGGAAGAUGAUGUUGUGUUUGAAGACCUUCAGAGUAACGCCAGUGAGAAGAUGGGCGAAAGUGAGCCGGAAGAGGAGGAGGGCGGAGACUAUGAUGACGACGAUGACUGGGCGUGGGGCGAUGGCGUGGGAAAGCUCACCCGGUGUUACGCUUCAGGUGGAGGGAGUAACCCUCAGGCCAAUAGACAGACUCCCAGCUUCAAUGCAGCCAAAAUGUCUACUCCAGCAGACAAAGUUUUACGGAAAUUUGAGAAUAAAAUUAAUCUAGAUAAGCUAAAUGUUACUGAUUCUGUAAUAAAUAAAGUCACCGAAAAGUCUCGACAAAAGGAAGCAGAUAUGUAUCGCAUCAAAGAUAAGGCAGACAGAGCAACUGUGGAACAGGUGUUGGACCCCAGAACACGAAUGAUCCUGUUCAAGAUGCUGACAAGGGGAGUCAUAGCGGAGAUCAAUGGCUGCAUCAGCACCGGAAAAGAGGCUAAUGUAUAUCAUGCUAACACAGCAAAUGGAGAGAGCAGAGCGAUCAAAAUUUACAAAACUUCAAUCCUGGUGUUCAAAGACCGGGAUAAGUACGUCAGUGGGGAAUUCAGAUUUCGCCAUGGCUACUGUAAAGGCAACCCCAGAAAAAUGGUGAAAACGUGGGCAGAGAAGGAAAUGAGGAACUUAAUCAGGUUAAACACAGCAGAGAUUCCAUGCCCAGAACCCAUCCUGCUGCGAAGUCACGUUCUCGUCAUGGGUUUCAUCGGCAAAGAUGACAUGCCAGCGCCGCUCUUGAAAAACGUCCAGUUAUCAGAGUCCAAGGCUCGGGAGUUGUACAUGCACGUGAUCGAGUACAUGAGGAGAAUGUACCAGGACGCCAGGCUGGUGCAUGCGGACCUCAGUGAAUUCAACAUGCUGUACCAUGGCGGAGGCGUGUACAUCAUCGAUGUUUCUCAGUCCGUGGAGCACGACCACCCACAUGCCUUGGAGUUCUUGAGAAAGGACUGCGCCAACGUCAAUGAUUUCUUUCUUAAGCAUGGCGUUGCCGUGAUGACUGUGCGGGAGCUCUUUGAAUUUGUCACGGAUCCAUCAAUCACAUCCGAGAACAUGGAUGCGUAUCUCUCAAAGGCCAUGGAAAUAGCAUCUCAAAGGACCAAGGAAGAAAGGUCCAGCCAAGAUCAUGUGGAUGAAGAGGUGUUCAAGCGAGCUUACAUUCCUAGAACCUUGAAUGAAGUGAAAAACUAUGAGAGGGAUAUGGAUAUAAUGAUGAAACUGAAGGAAGAGGACAUGGCCAUGAACGCCCAGCAGGACAACAUUCUAUACCAAACUGUCACGGGACUGAAGAAAGAUCUGUCGGGUGUUCAGAAGGUCCCUGCACUCCUGGAAAGCCAGGCUCAGGAAGAGACUCGUUCUGAUUCAGAAGAUGCAGGGAGCGCGGAGUGCUCUGACACGGACUCUGAGGAGCAGGGGGAUCACGCCGGCUCCAGGAAGCCCCCUGCCAACCUUGAAGUUGAUAGAAAGGAAAGAAAAAAGAUGGUCAAAGAAGCCCAGAGAGAAAAAAGAAAAAACAAAAUUCCUAAACACGUGAAAAAAAGAAAGGAGAAGGCAGCCAAGAUGAAAAGGGGCAAAUAGAACCAGGACGGUAUCAUGUACAGUAAUUUUCCAUCGGUUACGUUUCGUGCCUGUGCACUGAGCUGCCUCUGGAGGACUGGUUAUUGAUUUUAACCAAAUGGUUUUUACUGCAGUGUCCUGGAGGACCAGUUUUCAUGUAAUUAUGUAAACAGCUCUGACCUCUAUUGUCUAGGUCCAUUCCCUAGCUCUGUGUAGUAUUAAUAGAGGAUUUAUUUAAGCCACUAUUUUAAUGAACUUUAUACAAUUUUAUUUUUGUAUAUUUUUAUCUUCUGCAAUGUUGCUUUUAAAGCAUUCUAAUUAUUUGAACAUAUUGAGCAUUCCCGCCCUUUGUGUAAGUGUAAAGGCACUUUGGACAAAUUUA